CUCACGCGCGUGUAGCGUGUAUUUAAAGUAGAGAUCAAAUGUCAGAAAUAAUAGAGAGACAGUCGGCAUGGCCAAGGUCCCGUUUUGGCUUCUGCUCCUUUUCAUGCCCGCCGGUGCUCGCCUGACUUCGCCAACCUAUCAGUGGACAUCACCCGAGAGCGGAGAAGUGUAUACGUGCACGCGCUGCCCGCCCGGCACCUUCGCCAAGACUCACUGCACGCGAGAGCGGCCCACUGAAUGCGCGGCGUGUCCCGAGCUCCACUACACGCAGUACUGGAACUACCUGUCCGAGUGCCUGUACUGCAACGUGUUCUGCACGGAGCUGCAGGUGCAGAGCCGGCAUUGUGGCCCAACUCACAAUCGGGCUUGCCAGUGCCGAGAAGGCUACUACUGGGACAGCGAACUGUGCCGAGCGCACUCGAAGUGUCCGGCGGGCUACGGCGUGUGGCAUAAUGGGACAGCCCACCACGAUGUAACAUGCACGCCAUGCGAGGAGGGAUACUUUUCAUCUGAAGACUCCAACACCAAAGCGUGUCAGAAACACCAAAUUUGUUCAGAACAAGGUGCACUUGUGGUCGUGCCCGGGGACAGGUACCAUGACACGAGCUGCACAACUUGCUGGAAAUAUCAGACGUACAAUGGACUCAUUGUGGAUUCAACAGAAAACCGAGAAUGCAAUGAUGCCGUGAUCAACUUUCUUCUGCACCACUCCGAGCGAUUCCUGAAAAGAAAAUGGAACAGAUUUGUGACGGCAGUGAGAACGUCCGUUAAGAUAAACGUCAGCUUUAAAGAGCACCACAGUGAAGGGCACAUCAGACAGCUGCUGUCUUCUAUAAAAGAAAAGGUCACAGCCGAAAAAUUUAUCGAGGUGAUUCUUAAGAUUCUGGAGAAAUCGAGGUUACACCAACUGAAAAACCAGCUAGAGGAGCGCUUUUUGACUUCUAAUCACUUAAAUAUCGAAAAAUCAUUCCAGUCCUGGUAGCCUCCCGAAACAAAAGCACAGACUUUCUGGAUUUCACCGAAGACAAAUAAGCUUAGAUGCCAAGUACAAAGCUAUAUAGCAUUAGAAAUGUAUCAGCAUGUAUGACUAGUAAGAGAAUUGGCUGGACAUCUACUUCAAAAAUGCAAAAAAAAAAAAAAAAAUUGGGACAGAUAACUGAAAAGGCAAAUGCCUAUAAAGAACUAACUUCAAAUGUACGAGGGAGAAUCAAAAAGUAAAAGCAAGUCGCCCUGUGAGCAGAUGGCCGUAACAGUUCUAUCACAUCUCCGCGUCGUCUCCCUGCAGGCCGAUGCGCUUCUUGUAGCGUUCCACUUACGCCUUCAUUCUUUGGGCGAACAAGCUCUUCAGGUGCGCACCAGUCCAGGUCUGUGCCACCUGUGACCGCAUAGGUGGCAGAUCAGGGCUGCAAAGGGGAUGUGAAAGACAGUCAAACCGCAGCCGGAGCAUUGUACCCACCGUUGAGACCACUGCACGAGGAUGUGUGUAGUCACAGGCAGGCAGUGUGGUGGAGUGGUUAAGGCUUUGGACUUCAAACCCUGGGGCUGUGGGUUCAAAUCCUGCCACUGACACUGUGUGACCAACUGCAAAACCAAAAGAAAUGUCAUCAAUUGUCAUAUUGUAAGUCAUCAGCCAAGUAAGUAAAUGUCGUGGAGCUGCCAGUGGCCACCUUGCCAUUUCAUCUUAAUAAAAGGGCAAGUGUCUGUUUAUGUAUCUCUGUCUCUGUUAUAUGCCAUUUGGUGUGGGAUUUGUGAAAAGCAGUUCUAAUGUUUGUGAUGUGCCAGCUCUUGGAAUGACAAAUACAAUGCAUUGUGUUACUAUAAAUGUUUGUGAGGUACCAUCUGUUGGAAUAACAACUGGAAUGCAUUUCAUUGCUAUAAAUGUUUUGUGAUAUGCCAUCUGCCGGAAUGACAAAUACUCUGCAUUUUAUUAUUACAAAUGUUUGUGAUAUGUAUUCUGU